GUCGGAGUAACAGUUGUCAGUGAUCUGCAGUUUGGUUGAAGGAGUCUAGUGUCCGUUAUUGUCUUCUCCAGUCUCUUCGCGAUGUGUUCUAGCACUGAGGAAUAUGAUGCUGUGCUUAGUUUCUGGGGUCCUUUGAAGGCUGAUCCCAAAAGCUAUGGGGAGAUCGUUCUUCAGCGCUUGUUUGAGACCAAACCAGAUAGCCAGAAGCUGUUCCCCAAGUUUGCUGCCUUUUCCAAAGAGCAGCUCCAGAACAAUCCUGACCUCCAGGCCCAUGGGGGAAUUGUCCUCUGCAAGCUGACAGAAUUCCUGCAAGACAGAGGACAGGACAAGAAAAUUCUGAAGGAUCUGGCAGAAUCUCAUGCCAAGCAGCACAAGAUCCCUCGGGUCUACUUUCAGAUCAUCAGUGAUGUCAUUUUUGAAGUGGUGGGCGAGAAGAUUGAAGGCUUUGGCACUGAUGCUCAAACCGCCCUGAAGAAUGUGCUGAAGACCUUUCAGACUCAAAUGGGAGAAUGCUAUGAUGAGCUGGGAUUUGAUGUAUUGUCUUGAUAAGAUUUUUUGACUCCUGUAAGAAUAAAACUACAAAAGGGAUAA